GGAAAAAAAAAAGUCUUGGGUGUAAAAAGCAGAGUGUCUCAACUUUCAACACAAAAAGGCUACGGAGGCAGCUUAAGCUUGCUAAUGGGGCAUCUCCACAAUCGUCAUCAACCCGAAGUGCUCCUCUCCUCACUUCCCUCCUCGCCGAACUAUUCAGUUCGUCCGUAUCUCUUUCUCUAGGUUUCGCUCCGUUACUCUGCUCCUUCACUCCCUACGAGCAAAUGCAUACGACGUUUAGAUGAUCGAUGCUGCAUGGCAUAUGCGAUCUGAUUUUUACACUAAUUUUUGGUGAAAUGAAGUAAUAUGUGCAUUUAAAAGUGUGGAUUUACAAGGUGGGAGGAAUUAGUAGAACGGAAGAAAUGGACAAGGUGAGGGCUUGGUUCAGUAAGUUUAAGUCGAAAGACAAGUCAAAUGCUUCAAGGAAGAAGGAAGCUGUAGGGAAUGGGAUGGAGGUGUUGAAAGUGCCGACGAAUGAGGAAGCACCUUCAAAUGUGACUAAGCAGAAAGUUGCCGCAGCAAAGCAGUAUAUAGAAGACCAUUACAAGAAUCAGAUGAAGAGCCUGCAGGAGAGGAAGGAGCGACGCAAUAUACUUGAAAAGAAGUUAGCUGACGCUGAGGUCUCUGAGGAAGAGCAGAACAACCUGCUAAAGUAUUUGGAGAAGAAGGAAACUGAAUACAUGCGCCUUCAAAGGCACAAGAUGGGUGCUGACGAUUUUGAGCCAUUGACAAUGAUAGGGAAGGGUGCAUUUGGAGAGGUUAGAAUCUGUAGGGAGAAGUCAACUGGUCAUGUAUAUGCUAUGAAGAAGCUUAAAAAAUCAGAGAUGCUUCGCAGGGGACAAGUUGAACAUGUGAAAGCUGAGAGGAAUCUACUUGCCGAGGUUGAUAGCAAUUGCAUCGUCAAGCUUUAUUGUUCAUUCCAAGAUGAGGAGUAUUUAUACCUCAUCAUGGAAUAUCUUCCCGGUGGAGAUAUGAUGACUUUAUUAAUGCGCAAGGAUAUACUGACAGAAGAUGAGGCCAGAUUUUAUGUUGCGGAAACGGUCCUAGCCAUUGAGUCCAUCCAUAAGCAUAAUUACAUUCAUAGAGAUAUCAAGCCAGAUAAUUUGCUCCUUGAUAGAAAUGGUCACAUGAAAUUAUCAGAUUUUGGAUUAUGUAAACCACUAGACUGCAGUAAUCUCCAAGAGAAGGAUUUUUCUCUUGGAAACAACCUUAGUGGGGCUCUUCAGAGUGAUGGACGCCCUGGCCCUGUGGUACCAAAACGCACACAACAGGAGCAACUUCAACAUUGGCAGAGGAACAGGAGGAUGCUUGCUUAUUCAACUGUUGGAACGCCUGAUUAUAUUGCCCCAGAAGUUUUGCUGAAGAAAGGAUAUGGGAUGGAAUGUGAUUGGUGGUCUCUUGGUGCUAUUAUGUAUGAAAUGCUUGUGGGAUAUCCACCCUUUUACUCUGAUGAACCUAUGUCAACCUGUAGGAAGAUAGUUAAUUGGAGAACUCAUUUGAAAUUUCCAGAAGAAGCAAACCUGUCUCCAAAAGCAAAGGAUCUUAUUAGUAAAAUGUUAUGUAAUGUAGACCAGAGACUUGGAACAAAAGGCGCAGAUGAAAUAAAGUCUCAUCCAUGGUUCAAAGGCAUCGAAUGGGACAAAUUGUAUCAAAUGAAAGCAGCAUUUAUUCCUGAGGUCAAUGAUGAGUUGGAUACUCAAAACUUUGAGAAGUUUGAAGAGGCUGAUAAGGAAAUUCAAACUUCAUCAAAAGCAGGUCCAUGGAGAAAGAUGCUGUCAUCUAAGGAUGUUAACUUUGUUGGUUAUACAUACAAGAACUUUGAGAUUGUAAAUGAUCACCAGUUACCUGGGAUUGCCGAAUUAAAGAAGAAGAGCACUAAAACUAAGAGGCCCUCCAUCAAGUCCCUCUUUGAUGAUGAGUCAGCCAAGGCUGCCAGUCAACCUGUUCAAGGGAGCUUUCUGAACCUCUUGCCUCAACUAGAAGUCCCGGACAAACAGUGUCAAUCCAACUGAGCUACACUAAUAUUUCUAAUAACAUCAGAUGGCCACAAGAGAGUGCUUUGUUCCAUUUUGAAUGGCUUUUGUUUUAUUGCUUCCUGGAUUUGGUUGUUUUAGGGUGAGUUUUUGGGGGCAAAGGCCCCAAACGAGCUGUUUGGUCUCUACCAAAUAUUUUCUGGAAAUAUAUAUUCUUUGAAAACUCGUGUAUUCAACUUUUUUUUCUCCUCCCUUUGUAAUGCUGUGAAAAAAUCCCUGUAUAAUACCCAGCAUCAUUGUUUUUGUAAUUAACUGACACUGUUGAUGAUAGUUGUACUACUUAUAUGUGAAAAAAGAGUAAAUUACUCAAUUUCUUUAAAA